CGCAGCGGCCAGUGCGUGACGGCUGAGAGAGAGAGAGAGAGAGAGAGAGAGAGAGAGAGAGAGAGAGAGAGAGAGAGAGAGAGAGAGACCCUCCCUGGCACACAGUGUGUCAGUGUGAUUUUGGCUGACGGGGGACCGUGGAGGAUUCACGCAGGAACCAGGAGGACCCACUCUCCUCUUCCCCCCUGUUUCACACCUUUCUCUCCGCCUCCUCUGUCAUCCUUGGUCGCUGACGAUGGUUUUCUAAUCGGCGCCCCCUGCGCCCACCUCAGCAUCGGAUUUUUACGCUUCACCACCUCCUCCUCCUUGGCUGAUUUUUGGUUGAACCAGGGGGGCUGAUUCCCAUCCAACCUGCAGUCCGGGCUGUGCCGUGCCGGGCUGUUUCAGCGAGCCUGGUAAUUGCUGAAGUUGGCACCCGACGAUGAGCGCCUUGAGACCCGGGAGCGGGGCUCUCUCCGCGCCGGGGAGGAGGGGGCCCGGGUCGUGGCGGUUCCUGUGGUGGUGGGUCGCGGCGGUCGAGCUGGCGGUGGGCUCGGGAGAUCCGUGGUUGUCCGCGGAGGCAUGCCCGUCCUCCUGCUCCUGCAGCAGCACCAAGAUCUCCUGCGUGGAUCCGGAGAAUGGCAUCAACGCCUUCCCGGUCCUGCAGAGCGAGGCGGAGAUGGAGAACAUAACCGACAUUUACAUCGUCAACCAGAGCAGCUUCUCCUCCAUCAACGACAAAGACCUGCACUACUACAAGAAUCUCAGGAACCUAACGGUGACCAACAGCAAGCUGACAUAUGUAUCGAAGCUGGCUUUCCAAAACAACAUCAAGUUGCAGUACCUGAAUCUGAAAGAUAACAACUUGUCAUCCCUGUCCUGGAGAAUAUUCAGAAACCUCAACAUGUCUUAUCUGAUCCUAACGGGGAACCCUCUGCACUGCUCCUGUGAAAACAUGUGGAUCAAGCUUUGGCUAGGGGAGGAAGCAGACACUCAGGAGCUGCGCUGCAUUGAGGAAGGAGGAGGACGCAAGCUGCUGUCCAGACUGAUGCUGCCUAACUGUGAGGUACCCAUGGCAACUCUGAGCCCAGACAAAGUGACAGUAAUGGAGGGGGCGAACGUGCUGCUGUCCUGCACGACCUCCGGCGUGCCUUCACCUGAGCUGAUAUGGAACAUGGCACUGGUCACCAACUAUGUGAUCGAGACAUCGGGCCAGGUUUCAGGGCUGCGACUGUCCAACCUGUCGUCGCUGGAUCACAACAGCAAGAUCAGCUGCACGGCUGAGAACAUUGUCGGAGAGAAGGAGUCCUCUGUGCUGCUGGAUAUACUUUUUCCUCCCAAAAUCAAUAAGCUGGGGGCUGCAAUCCCAGACCAUCACUGGUGCAUCCCCUUCAGUGUGGCAGGAAACCCCAAGCCGCAGUUUAAAUGGUUUCUGGAUGACAAGGCGGUGAUGGAGGACAGCUACAUAAUGACCAUGAUCCAUGACAUCACAGACCGGGAGUACCACGGCUGCCUGCAGCUGGACAGCCCUACACACCUCUACAACGGGAGGUACAGGCUGUUGGUUACAAAUAAAUAUGGGUCAGACGAGAGGGAGGUGAAGGCCCACUUCAUGCACGAGCCCUGGGAUGGGACUGAGAAGGACCCAUAUUAUUAUGAAGUAACCACAGAAGAGCCCCCUGUAGAUCCACCUGAGGACAGAGUCGCUGUGUACGUGGUGGUGGGCAUCGCCGCUGUAGCCUUUACUGGUUUCCUCCUCAUGCUGGUUAUUCUCAAGUUCGGAGGAAACUCCAAGUUUGGCAUCAAAGGAGCGUCAUCAGUGAUCAGCAAUGACGAUGACUCGGCCUCUCCUCUUCACCACGUCUCCAACGGCAGCAACACUCCCUCCUCCUCGGAGAUGGGCCCCGACGCCGUCAUCAUCGGCAUGACCAAGAUCCCGGUGAUCGAGAACCCUCAGUACUUCAGGAGCACAAACAGCCUGCUCAAAACCGACACAUUCGUCCAGCAUAUCAAGAGACACAACAUUGUGUUGAAGAGGGAGCUGGGAGAGGGAGCCUUCGGAAAGGUCUUCCUGGCCGAGUGUUACAACCUCUCACCUGACCAGGAGAAGAUACUGGUGGCUGUCAAGACACUUAAAGAGGCCAGUGAAAAUGCCAGGAAGGAUUUCCACCGUGAAUCUGAGCUCCUGACAAACCUUCAACACGAACACAUCGUCACCUUUUACGGCGUCUGUGUGGAGAGCGACCCUCUCAUCAUGGUGUUUGAGUACAUGAAGCACGGAGACCUCAACAAGUUCCUCAGGGCUCACGGUCCGGACGCGGUUCUGAUGUCAGAGGGUCAGACCACCAGACCUGUGGAGCUGACCCAGUCUCAGAUGCUGCACAUCGCCCAGCAGAUAGCAUCCGGCAUGGUCUACCUGGCAUCUCAGCACUUUGUGCAUCGCGACCUGGCCACCAGGAACUGCCUGGUGGGCGAGAACCUGCUGGUGAAGAUCGGGGACUUCGGCAUGUCCAGAGAUGUCUACAGUACGGACUACUACAGGGUCGGCGGCCACACCAUGCUACCCAUCCGCUGGAUGCCCCCUGAAAGCAUCAUGUACAGAAAAUUCACCACAGAAAGUGACGUCUGGAGUCUUGGAGUCGUUCUCUGGGAGAUCUUCACCUACGGAAAACAGCCUUGGUACCAGCUCUCCAACAACGAGGUGAUCGAGUGUAUAACCCAGGGCAGGGUGCUGCAGCGCCCCAGGACCUGUCCUAAAGAAGUGUACGACCUGAUGCUGGGCUGCUGGCAGAGAGAACCGCACAUGAGACUCAACAUCAAGGAAAUCCACUGUCUGCUCCUCAACCUGGCCAAGGCCUCACCUGUAUACCUGGAUAUACUGGGCUAAACACAGGAAGAGGACGGAGGAAUGCGUAUCUGUGUGUUAAGGUGUGGAUGGUUGCUGUAUUUAAGUGUGUAUGUGCACUUGAGGUAUGUGUGUGUGUGUGUGUCUGCUAUAGGGUAGACAUGGUGAUACCUCUGAAUAAGGUGUGUGUGCGAGCAAGGUGGCGCUGUACAGGAUGUGAAGCUAGCACCAGACUCUUUAAGGCAAUCAAGACGUUCUUCAACUCAGCCCCAAUCGCCUCUUUCCUCCCGACCAAUUUCCUCUCCUUUGUGCAUCUACUUCUUCCCCGUUUCCUCUCCCGAAGACACAUUUAGAAUGAGUGAUUCAACUUUGGAGGAGAGGAGAAAGAAAGCUUCUCUCUUCUUCUCAAACGCUUUAAACUGACUGGGACUAAAUUGAUGAAACCUGAUAAACAGGACUUUAAAUUUGGUGACUCAUCUGUCGCUGCCUGUCGGACCACAGGACUCGUUGUGAGCAUCCUGGAGUUUUAAAAGGAGGCGCAGCGCGGGGAGGAUUUCCAGAAGCCUUGUAUACUUUUGCGUGUAAAUACGAGACUGUGAGACUCUCUUCAGAGAAAAUGGCUCGGUGAGAUGUGGAGCCACGAAGACGCCGAUUCCCCCUCUCGCCCCUGUCUGUCUAUGUGACCUCUUUCUUUCUGUCCGCCUCUCCGAACUGUACGUGAAUAUUAAUGUCAGCAUUCAUACAACGUGGCUUGUGGACAGGACGACAUGAUAAACACACUGGUAGACGUUCAGUAGACUGACCCGAACAUAAUAAUGACGAAAACAAAAAAAAAGGAGGAAACACUGGUUUUCUGCCUCUCUGAAUGAGGAAUACGGAAAACGCAGGGGGGUUAAAAAAAAGAAACAACUAUUUUGCAUUGAUCUACAUUAUGUUCUCAUGCAACAGAUUGAUAUCAAUGAUUUUACACAUAUAUGCACCCAUAUCUGCAUAGUGCAUUGUUUUUUCUCUAUUACUUUGCCUGAGACGUAACAUGAUGAUCAUCCAUCCAGCCCCUCCCCCUCUCACUGAAGUGACAGCUGCUUCCCUCGCGAUGUCAAGCACCCGUGUCGGAGGUCAAUUGAUUCAUUUGUCCACAGCUGUCCGACAAUCACGAGGUCCUGGUGUUG